AUGGCCGCCGAGUUCUCCAGAUGUGUCGAGUACGGCCUCGGGCUCUCGAAGCGGGUGUUCUACGGCAAAGAGUCGGUUCCAGACCCGUCGGCGAUGACCAGGUCUUCGGAGUCGUACUUGCCGGAGGCUCCGAUGGUGUACGCGGUCGUACCCGACCCGUCAAUCGUGGAUAAUCCGGACAUUCCGAGCUACCAGCCGUACGUUCACGGCAUGUGUGAGCCGCCGGCUUUGAUACCUCUGCAUAUGCAUGGGAUAGCUAUGGAAAUCGAGAGCUAUUUGGACACUGCGUUCGUUACUGUGAGCGGCACGUGGCGCGUGCAUUGUGUUGCCGCGGGAAAGAGGUGCGAUUGUCGCGUCGCGGUGCCGUUGGGCGAUAAGGGUUCACUUCUAGGUGUUGAGGCUGAAAUUACCGGAAGAUCAUAUAGUACUCAACUAAUCACAGCAGAAGACACAACAGAUAAGGAGAAAGUGGCCAAAGAUGGGUACUUUCUGAAACGCCAGAUAUACACCCUAAAAGUCCCACAGGUUUACGGGGGCUCCUUCCUUUCAUUCAAAAUUCGAUGGUCUCAGAAAUUGUUGUAUCACGCUGGCCAGUUUUCCCUCAGUAUACCUUUUAGUUUUCCAGCAUGUGUCAAUCCGGUGGCCAAAAAAAUUUUGAAAGGAGAAAAGAUUUUGUUGAAUGUGAAUACGGGUAUUGACGCAGAAGUUUUAUGCCAAAGUACCAGCCAUCCUCUUAAGGAAGUUAGGCGCCAAAGUGGUAGAUUGAGUUUUUCAUAUGAAGCAGAGGUAUCAUCAUGGUCAAGUGCAGGCUUCAGCUUUUCAUACUCUGUUUGUUCAAGUGACUUAUUUGGUGGUAUGCUUUUGCAAUCCCCAUCGCUUCGUGAUUUUGAUGAUAGAGAGAUGUUUUGCUUCUAUCUAUUCCCCGGAAAUAGCCAGACUAGGAAGGUUUUCAAAAAGGAAGUUAUAUUUAUUAUUGAUAUAAGUGGAAGCAUGCUGGGAGACCCUCUUGAAAAUGCAAAGAAUGCACUUUUGGCGUCACUCUCUAAUCUCAACCGAGAUGAUACUUUCAACAUUAUAGCUUUCAAUGGAGAGGUUCACUUAUUCUCAUCAUCAAUGGAGCUGGCAACAAAUGAAGCAAUGCUAAAAGCUAAGGAGUGGGCUAGCACUAAUCUUACUGCAAAUGGUGGUACAAAUAUCUUGCUUCCCCUCAAACAGGCUAUGCAGUUGUUGGCCAAAACCAGUGAUUCAAUUCCUUUCAUUUUCCUCAUUACUGAUGGUGCUGUUGAAGAUGAAAGGGAGAUUUGCACUAUUAUGAAAGGUUACCUUACAAGUGCUGGUUCGGUUUGUCCUUGCAUAUCUACUUUUGGCAUAGGUUUAUAUUGUAAUCAUUACUUCCUGCAAAUGCUAGCCCAAAUUGGGAAGGGUUACUAUGAUGCUGCUUAUGAUGCAGAUUCAAUUGACUAUAAAAUGCAAAGGCUAUUCACAAGUGCUUCAUCAGUGAUUCUUGCCAAUAUAACCAUCGACACUUUAGAAUGUCUCGAUUCGCUUGAGCUGUUUCCAUCUCAUAUCCCAGACCUUUCAUCUGGAAGUCCAUUGAUCAUAUCAGGCAGAUAUGAGGGAAGCUUUCCCGACUCCAUCAAAGUUCGUGGUACCUUGGCUGAUAUGAGUAAUUUUGUCAUAGACUUGAAAGUACAAAGAACUAAGGAAUUUCCACUUGAUCAGGUGCUUGCAAGAAGGCACAUUGACAUGCUUACAGCUCAUGCAUGGUUAUUGGGAAGUAAAGAGCUGGAAGAGAAGGUUUCCAAAAUGAGCAAACAAACCGGGGUCCCAUCUGAGUACACUUGCAUGAUACUAGUGCAGAGUCCGCAGACUGAUAACGGGAAGAGAGUGCCGGAAUCCAUUACGAUACAAGGGGUCUACAGCAAAUUUACCCAGCUGAACAAGACGGAGUCAAAUCGCCAGAAGGUCAUAGUCCUCGGAAACCUGGGUGUUGGGUUCGGUAACUUGAAGGCAACGGUUGAGAAUAAAGCACCGGCAAGCGAAGAAGUAAAGCCAGCUGAUCCAACAGAGCUCUUGUUUAAUGCUGCUUCCAACUGCUGUAGCCAAGUACUUGAUCGCGUCUGUUGCAUGUGUUUCAUUAGGACUUGUUCACACAUGAACAACCAGUGUGCAAUUCUUCUCACACAAGUCUGCGCUGCCCUUGCUUGUUUUGAGUGCAUCAAUUGUUGCUUUGAAUUAUUUGCAGGAUGA